GAUGGGCGUCUAUCAACGUACGGGCUGUGUUAUAAAAGCGCGACCCCCGCGUUCGUUCGUGCUUGAGCUCCUCAUCUUCUUCGAGCCAAGUUUCACGGGUACAGGUACUGGCUACCUUGCUUGUUUCGUUUUAAUCUAUAUUUCGUCACGCUACUCACUUUCACCUUCGUCAACGACUUAUUUUGCUACUUCACGACUGGUCUACGAUGCGUUUCUCUGCUGUCGUCGCUGUUGCUCUCCUUGCCGCUACCGGUCCGGCUGUUGCACUCCCAAUCGGGACCGAGUUCGGCAUCGCUGCGCGUGCCUUACAGAACCGCCGGUCAGCGGAUAUGGUUGAGAGCUUCUACGCCCGUGAUGAGGACGACAUGUUGCUCUCUCGCAGGGAGCCCGUCAACCUGAACAGGCUGAGAAUCGGGGUUGUGGCCAACAGGUACAAGCGCUCCCCGUUCGUGGUCUUCUCGAAGGCAGCGGCGAACAUCCCUGCGUGCCACACUGGCUUUGCGUUUUGUGGGCGAUCCAUUGAAGACGAGCUCGAUUGAGGAAGUUUACAUUGAUCAGUAACUUGCGGUAGCUUGUAGUUCUUGACGACUUUCAUGACGAAAUACGAUUACGAUUAGGGAGCUUAGACAUUUGACGGACUGCAUUCCGAUUGCACGCAACCAUUCAACCCAUCUUUUUGACAGGCAC